AUGUCCAAAAUUUUUGCCUUUCUUGGGCUUCUUCUCGUUCUUUGUGGUGUGUUGAGUCAAUUACAUCAACAACCUUUCCACUUGGUCCACGCAAAAGAGCAACAAGCAACAGUGGGUUCCAUCAAAAUUACCACGACUACAACAGCAAUCGAAAGUGGCUCUUCAUUGUCUGGAACUAUCACUGUGUAUGACAGUGCAGGAAAAGUUUCCACAGUGUCUGGCAAGGUGUCAUUGGGACUACUAAAUACUGGAGCCACUUAUGUAGGAUCUAAUUCUCUCUCUAUCGUAAAUGGAGUUGCAACAUUUUCCGUCCUCCUUUCCACUCCAAUAACUUCAGAUGUCGUUUUGGCUGCAGGUUUGACAUAUGAUGGCAGUCCUUACAUCGACACGAAGGUUGUAAGAGUGAAUAACAAUGCGGGUGGAAAUAAGGACUACACAGAUUAUUGGGUCGGUCAAUGGAAUGUUCAGUCAGGCUGUGAUGUUUCGACCUGUUGUUGUUUAGAUGGGCAAGUGAUUGUUACUCGCGAAGGUUUGAAUUUGGUGAAAAUUCAGUCGAAUAUGAAAGGCGCAUGUCAAACCAGCUUCGUUACCCUAUAUAUUGGAGGUAUUAAUUCCGAUACUUCUCUUUCUGCAAUUAUUGGAACUUCUUACACAAUUAAAAGGAUCGGAAAUACCAUUCAAGUGAACAAUGUGUUGUACAACCGUUGCAGUGGAAGCGCUGUAUGUACAACCGCCUGUCCUCGUUCCAAUGCUUCUUCAUUGAAGGUUUCUGUGUUGGGUUUUAUUGUCAUGCUUAUGUCCUUCUUGUUGUUCAUUCUUUAA